UAUCAAGCCCGUCUCUCUCAGUCUGUUUCUUCCCUUGCUCUCUCCUCUAUAUAUAUUCUCUCCUUCAUUAGCUUUCUCAGAACCGUGCACCAACUCCUUACUUAGAUAUCUCGAAAUCGAAAUCAAAAAUCGUAAAAAAAUGGGUUUAAGGGACAUCGGAGCUGCACUCCCUCCGGGGUUCAGAUUUUAUCCGAGUGAUGAAGAAUUAGUGUGCCAUUAUCUUCACAAAAAGGUGGCACAUGAGGAUGUUUCCAAAGGUACUCUAGUGGAUAUUGACCUUCACACAUGUGAGCCAUGGCAGCUUCCUGAUGCGGCAAAGCUGAAUUCAACAGACUGGUACUUCUUCAGCUUCAGAGAUCGGAAGUAUGCGACCGGAUUUCGAACAAAUAGAGCCACCACGUCUGGAUACUGGAAAGCCACUGGGAAAGAUCGGACAGUGGUGGAUCCAAGGACUAAUUGCAUUGUUGGGAUGAGAAAGACACUGGUUUUCUACAAAAAUAGAGCUCCUAAUGGCGUCAAAACUGGCUGGAUCAUGCAUGAAUUUCGUCUCGAAAAUCCCCUAAUCCCUCCCAAGGAAGACUGGGUGCUAUGCAGAGUCUUUUACAAAUCAAAGACAGAAAGCAGCACUGAACUGAGCCCACAAAAUGUGUGUCAUUCUGAGGCAACAGCUGGUGGUGACAUUUUUCCUAAUGCUGCUCAAAUUAUGCUUCCAGCUCCUUUUAAUAAAAAUAAUUAUCAUCUUCACCAAAUUCCAAGUUCCCAAAACCCUGCACCUCAUCACCAAAACCCUAAUACUCUCCAAACCUUUUCUCAAUUAAACCCUAAUUUCCUCCAGCUCUCUCAUCAGUUUCACACAGAUGAUCUCAGCGAAAUGAUCAUGAUAAAGUCGAAGUGCGACGACGAAGACCCUUAUGGAUUCUUAUUGGAUAUGGAGUUUGAAGAGAGCACUAUGGGAGAUGGAAUGGCUUCAAGUAUGGAGGACAUGAAAUUUGAAGAUGACUACUGCCUUUUCCUCUGAUUGGGCAUUGUGAUUAAUUAUAUAUCCAGCAAUUUAACCAAAUUAAAUACAUCAUAUAAUAGAAAAUAUAAAAAAUAUAUGUAGGUAAAAUAUUUAUAAGACUUGUAAAAGAUUGUGCAUAACACGCAUUUUCUAGUUUCAUUGUACGUCAUGUGAAUUAAUUUCUUCAUUUUGUACAUAAUACUUUUGUCUUUCAUUUCUGUAAUCAGUUCUGAGAAGCAGUGAAUACAUGAAACUCUGAAUCCUCAUUUUGCCCA